AUUCUAAAAUGCCAGGCUGGGCAGAGGCGCGCGCGCAGGCGGACUGAGCGGCGGCGGCGGCGCCAGGCAGCCUCGCCAUCCUCGCCGGGCCGCGCCAGCGAGCGAGGGCCGCCCUCCGUCAGCCGCGAUGCCGCUCGGGCGGAGGCAGCUGCCGGAGCCCCGCUGAAGGGGACCGCAGCCACCAUGGGCGAGAGGUCCCCGCCUCCGGCUGGCCGGCGGACCCGGCUGGUCUCCUCGCUGGUGCUGGGGCAGCGCGCCUGCGAGGUCGCCCUGGACCCGGAGAGAGGCGCCUUGGAGUGGACGGAGCAGCCGCAGCCGCGCGGGGGGAGAGAGAGCUGCGCCGUGCCCAUAUCUGAGAUUAUUGCUGUCGAGGAAACAGAAAUCGAUAAGAAACAAUGUAAUAGUGGGAAAUGGCAGAAAAUGGCAAAGCCGCAUGCAUUCACAGCCUCUAGACCAAAGCACUUGCUUGUAUAUAUUAAUCCGUACGGUGGGAAAAAACAAGGAGAGAAGAUCUAUGAACAAAAGGUAGCUCCAUUGUUUAGCCUAGCCUCCAUUUCAACAGAUGUUAUAGUCACUGAACGCGCUAAUCAUGCUAGGGAUAACUUACUUGAAGUUAAUCUAGAGAAAUACGAUGGUGUUGUUUGUGUUGGUGGGGACGGCAUGUUCAAUGAAGUGAUGCAUGGUUUGAUUGGAAGGACGCAGAAGGAUUCUGGCAUAGAUCAAAAUAACCCCAAAGCACCAUUAGUCCAAUGCAAUAUCAGGAUUGGCAUAAUCCCGGCUGGUUCAACGGACUGUGUUUGCUAUUCAACGGUUGGCAUCAAUGAUCCAGUAACUUCAGCCUUGCAUAUCAUUGUGGGAGACACUCAGCCUCUCGAUGUCUCUUCAGUGCAUCACCACGACACGUUACUGAAAUACUUUGUCUCCCUCUUGGGGUAUGGUUUUUACGGCGAUAUAUUGAAAGACAGCGAGGGGAAACGCUGGAUGGGACCCGUCAGAUACGACCUCUCAGGUUUCAAGACCUUUCUGUCUCAUCAUUACUACGAGGGAACAAUAUCCCUUCUACCAGCAUCACACGCCGUGGGGUCUCCAAGAGAUAAGAAGCACUGCAGAAGUGGGUGCCACAUUUGCAAGCAGAGUAAACAACGGCUGGAGAUAGAGCAGAAGAAGAAUGGGGGAGAGAUUAAAGGGGAUGACGAAGGAGAAUGGAAGGUCAUCAGGGGAAAGUUUCUGGCCAUCAACAUUGCAAAUAUCAGUUGCGCCUGCCCGCGGAGCCCGAAAGGCCUUGCACCAGCUGCUCACUUGGCAGACGGCUCCUCAGACCUCAUUCUGGUUCGCAAAUGCUCCCGAUUCAAUUUCCUAAGGUAUCUCAUCAGGCACACGAACCGGGAUGACCAGUUUGACUUCAGCUUUGUGGAGGUUUAUCGGAUCAAGAAGUUUCAGUUCACAUCGAAACAUUUAGAGGACGGUGACUGCGAUGCCAAGAAAAUGCAGAAGAAUCGCUUUGGCCAUUUCUGCAGAGACCACCCUGCUUGCUGCUGCAUUCCUCCCAGCAGCACCUGGAACUGCGACGGAGAGACGCUGGAUUGUUCAACAAUUGAAGUCACGGUCCACUGCCAACUCAUGAAACUGUUUGCAAGAGGAAUAGAGAGGAACUCCACACUCGAAGCAGUUCAGAGGCAGCUCUGCUGAGCAAGUUAACCGAAGCCCGUUCUCCAUAAAACAAAACGAAAAGCAAGCAACGGAAGGCAACCGCCUGGACGAACAAGCGUCUCAGGCACGUCAAUAAACGUUUUAAAGCCGAA